AUGGCGGAGGAGCAGGAGGAGACCGGCGGCAGUGGUGUCGCCUCCCGGACAUUCCGCGCUCUGGUGGAGAGCGCGGACAGGAAGUUCGCGCGGGUGCGGGACCUCCCGGCGUACGGGCGGGGUCACGCCCACUAUUUUCAGAAGGUAUUCAAGGCGUAUAUGAGGCUGUGGAAGUACCAGCAGGAGAACCGGUCCGACCUGGUCGCCGCUGGUCUGAACCGGUGGGAAAUCGGCGAGAUCGCUAGCCGGAUCGGCCAGCUCUACUUCAACCAGUACAUGAGGACCAGCGAGGCCAGGUUCUUGGUCGAGGCCUAUGUCUUCUACGAGGCGAUUCUGCGCCGGAGGUACUUCGACGGGGCCAACGCCAAGGAUCUCGGGGUGAGAUUCAAGGAGCUCAGGUUUUAUGCACGGUUUCUGCUGGUUUCUUUGAUCUUGAACCGUCAUGAGAUGGUUCAAUUGCUGGUUGAGAGGUUCAGAGCCGUCGUCGAUGAUAGCAAGUCCAAGUUUCGGGAGGCAAGUUUUAAAGAGUGGAAGCUUGUAGUACAAGAAAUUGUCCGCUUUAUGGAAAUUGAGACUGCUUAUAAGAGUUCAAGGCCUGUACGUUACUGUGCUCUGUUUGAUUCACAUCCAGCUUCUCGGCCUUAUGUGGCUCGUUUCCAUGCAAAGAAGGUUCUGAAGUUCAAAAAUGCAAUCCUAAUGAGCUACCAUCGGAAUGAGGUCAAAUUUUCUGAGCUUACUCUGGACACACACAGGAUGCUGCAAUUUUUGGAAUGGGAACCAAGCGGAUCUUUCUAUCAAAAACAAACUGUUGAAUCGGUCUAUCCAAACUUUCCUGUUGCGCCACAAGAAAAUGGCUCUGCAGUGGAUCAUUCUGAAGCUUCUGGGCUGAUAGAUAUAAACCUGGCCGCUGAUUUGAUUGAUCCGACUCUGCCACCAAACCCUAGGAAAGCUGUCCUUUAUCGUCCUUCUGUUACACAACUGUUAGCGGUGAUGGCAACAAUCUGUGAGGAGCUGCCUCCUGAAAGCGUUAUGCUCAUUUAUCUUUCAGCUUCAGGGAAGAGUAGUCAAGGUACUGUUUCGCGCAUGGAUGGCUCUGACGGAUCAAGGAAAUCCUCAAAAGGAAAAGCUGUAUCUGGCACUCUUAGUGAACAAAAUAACUUGAGAGCUGGAAAUUUAAGCAAUGGAAAGGCAGAGGCCAGUGACUACUAUAGUGAUUACCUUUGGUUGGGUCCUAGGAGCAAUGGUGGAACUAAUAUCCUUCACCCGGGUGAUAUAAUUCCUUUCACUAGAAAACCUCUUUUUCUGAUCAUUGAUAGUGACAACAGCCAUGCAUUCAAGGUGUUACAUGGUGCAGAAAGGGGAGAACCCGUUGCCUUACUGCUUUCACCCUUGAGGCCGUCAUUUAAGAAUGCAUCCUUUGUCAACAGUGCAAUUCACAGUGGAAGUCAGUUUACCUUUUUCUUGACUUCCCCACUGCAAGCAUUCUGCCAAAUGGUUGACCUCAAAACUUCUGACGUCGAUACAGAUGAUUACAGCAAUGCCGAGGAAACACUUGCCACUGCAUUUUCUCAGUGGGAGGUGAUUCUUUGUACUUCAAGGAACCUCGAUCUUGUCUGGGCACAAGUCAUGCUUGAUCCAUUUUUGCGCCGCCUUAUCCUACGAUUCAUAUUCUGCCGAUCUGUGCUCUUGUUCUUCAGCCCUCCAGGCCACAUCGAAGAAUGUACUCCUGUCUGUGUACCACAACUUCCAGUUUCUGUUUCUGCGGGGUCUGAAGUAGUGAGGUCUGCAGUCCACCAACUAGCAAACCAGUUUAAUGUUGCCGGCAGUUUCCACUUCAAUAACACCUGUUAG